CCUUAAUACAAGAAAGGGAGGAUUCACCCUCCGUAAAUUUCACUGCACCAGCGUGGCCUCAGACUUGUACCAACUCCUGGGCCAUAUUAUCUCUCUCAUAUCGCCAACAUGGCCACCGCCACCGCCACCACCACCACCACGGAGGUCAGCCACGUCACCACUUACACGGUGAAGCCCGCCCGCGACACCGGCGGGAAGCGGUGGCACCUAGGAGCCCCUGACCUCUCCAUGCUCUCUUACCACUACAUCCAGAAGGGCCUCUUCUUCACAAAACCGCCAUCUCCGAUAGACGAGGUGCUCGAUCGCCUCAGAGCUGCCCUCUCGGAGUGCCUUGUCCAUUUCUUUCCUCUCGCCGGCCGCCUCGUGUAUGAGGAGGAGGAGGAGUAUUUCUAUGUGGAUUGUAACGAUGAAGGGGCCGAGGUUGUUCAUGCUAAGGCGGAUGUCACGGCCGAGGACGCUAUGGCGCCGGCCCCUGUCGGAGUCACUCCCAUUUUGAGGGAUUUCUUUGCUCUCAAUGAUAAGGUGGGAUUUGAUGGGAUGACCCUGCCCUUGCUGGCCAUUCAGGUGACAGAACUAGUAGAUGGGGUCUUUAUUGGAACCUCCACCAACCACGCUUUGUUCGAUGGCACAUCAUACUGGAUGAUUGUUAAUGCCUUGUCAGAGCUGUGUAGAGGUGCCGAGAAAAUAUCUCGGCCACCGGUGUCGGAGCAAUGGUUCCCCUACCCUGUCCCUAUAAAGCUUCCAUUCCACCCCGGCCUGGUCGACAGGUUCACUCCCCCACCACUCAAGGAGAGGGUAUUCCACUUCAGCGCGGCUUCCAUUGCCAUACUUAAAGCCAAGGCAAACGCCACCAAAGAUCCAGAUGCGCCCCCAUUCUCAUCCUUCCAAGUCCUCUAUGCACACCUCUGGCGAGGCGUGACCCGUGCUCGGAAGAACCCAGAAGGUGAGACCGUUAGGUGCAGCCUGUAUGUGACAUAUCGACAGAGAGUGACACCUCCCAUGCCAGCCAACAGCAUCGGUAACAUUAUCCGUUCUGUCUAUGCCUUGACUACUGCUGGAGAGCUUUUGAGCCACAACCUAGCUUGGGCCGCAGGGCUCUUGCAGAAGCUAAUUUCCUCUCAGACUGACCAAGAGUCACGUGAGGGGCUGGCGGCCCAAGCUAGAAACCCACAUGUGACGCAUCUGAGCAGCUUUGGCUCGACUCACCUUCUCAUGGGGAGCUCUCCUAGGUUCGAUAUGUAUGGCAAUGAUUUCGGGUGGGGAAAGCCGAUUCAGGCGAGAGUGGGGCACGACAACAGGUACGAUGGGAAGGCGUUUGCAUUGCCUGCCCCUGAAGGUGGUGGAAGCACCGAAGUGGAGCUGUGUCUCCUUCCGGAGUACAUGGACGCUUUGGAAGUUGAUGAAGAGUUCCUUGAGGCAGUGACACCUUCUUGAGCACCCCACUAUGUUGGGCUUCUUCUUUCUCACCCUUGUAUUUGUUGCAUUUCCUUUUUUGUUGUUUGGUGUUUAAUCUGAUUUACUAUGUUUUAUCAAGAGAUACACCGUUUGGUUCGAAUGAAAAAGUUUUCGAGAAAAACUUUUCAUAUGAAAGAACUCUCAUAUGUGAUUAAAGUAUGAAAUUUCAAUUGUUA